AUGAAUCAAAGUAAAGAAACAACAGUUGCUAAAAGAGUAAAAUCAGUAUUAAUAUACAUAUGCAGCUUUUUGGUAACACAUCCAUCGACUGUAAUUCCCAUUCGAGACAACUUUAAAAAAUUAUACUAUACAAAGCCCCCUCGACAUAUUACAAGAAAUAUUACUGGUGAUGAAGAUUACCUCCUAAAGAUGGAUUUUUUCGGGUUGCUGAUAUACUAUAUAAAGGCUGUUCUAGUUUCAGUUGGCGCUUUAUUCGCAUUUAAUGGAAUGUCUAAAAUGACAAAUACAGUCCUAGAAUUCUUAUUUGAAGCAUACGAAAACAGUUCAAAUAUAUUGUAUAUUAUUCCAAUUGGACUAGUUAAAAUCAGUACAUUUUUAAUUUGGGGAAUAUAUAUUUAUAUAUUCGUAUUUAGAGUGUUUGAAUGUAUAAUUUCUAUAGUUUAUUAUUAUAUAGAUAUUAGACUAUUCUUUUUUCGCAUGAAUUAUAAAAUGAACUAUUUAAAAUCUACUAUAAGAGACACGAUAGUAUAUAUCAUAUUAACAGCAAUGAUAUAUACGGAUGCAGGCUUUAUCUUCUCUGGUAUUAUAGAACUACCAAAUGUUUUAGAAAGCACAAAAUAUUAUGAAGCGAUAGCAACUAUCGUACAAUAUUUACCUAUGCUAUCUGCUGUGGCGUUUAUAACCGUACUCUUAUCUGUCAUGCCUAAAAAGGACACUAUUGAUGACUACAGUAUUAGAAACUGGAUACUUGUUGUAUGCUGGUCUAGUAUAAUUCUAUUAUAUCUUUGUAUAUUUAUAUAUAAAUAUAAUACUAAUAUUUUACUGUACGCUAGCACUACUAUAAAUAUAGUAGUGAAUGAAUUAUCUGAAUGUUUACAUAAAUACAGUAUUAUGAAUUAA